GCAACUCUGCAAGACUGUUAUCUGUCAAUUGUCAAUGCUCUUUCCUUUUUCGUUUAUAAACAAUGAAAUUGACAUAGGCCAUAGUGAAAUCUGUGUGACUGUUGGUUUCUUUGUUUACACAGCUCGGUUUCAGAAAUGGACGUUGACGAAGGUUGUGAAAUAGCUAGAAGACUUGCAAUGGCAGAGGCAGAAUCAACUCUGGCACUACAGAAUUCAUUAGUCUUGCGUCUUGCCGACAUCACACUGGAAACUAAAAAAAAAUUCAACAAUACCAAUACCUCGUUAAUACGCAGUAUCUUGGACAAUCCUGUUGAUGGUGCAGAAGGAAAGGUGACCGAUAAGGAGCUAACUUCAGUCUUAGAUAAAUUGGUAUUAGACGAAAAUGUCAAGAAGGAUUCGUCCAGAGGAGUUUCGAACAAAUCAAUAACAAGACGAGGACACAAAUGCAAAAUGUGUACCGAACGUUUCAAAUGCGUCACAUCUUUAGCAAAGCACAUGAAACUCCAUGCUACACGUCAUCAUACUUGUCGUCUCUGCCUGGCAGUCUUUUCCACUAAGCCUGAUUUAUUGAAGCAUCGCCAAACUCAUUUGGAAGAACGGACCCACCAGUGUAAAGUCUGCUGUAAAUUUUUCGGUCAUCCUUCCAAUUUGAUACCCCAUAAAUUUCUCCAUAGAAGGGAAGUGCCACACAUUUGCAGAGUCUGUCAACGAACAUUUCCCAGCGGUAUCGAACUGACGAAGCACUCUGUGUUUCACAGGUCAACCAACAAGCACAGGUGCGAUAUUUGCUCAAUAUAUUACCGUAAUAAAUACUACUUCAUGAUACACUCUGGGAAUCCCAUGGAAGACACGCCUUUCUAUUGUAAAUUCUGCUAUAAGACUACCGCUUCAUGUGAAUCUAUGAUCGCACACGAAAGGAACCACAUGAUAUUCAGACAAUACUGUUGUCCAUUCUGCUUGAGAUUGUUUGGAAACAACAGUCUGUAUGAGCAGCAUUUCAAGUUUCACGAAGGGGUAGUGCCUCAGUGCAAAUUCUGUUUCGAAUGCUUUUCAGAACCUAAAACUUUACUGGAUCACUAUACAAUUCAUAUGGGAGAAGAACCAUAUCAGUGCGAAUUGUGUUCCAAAUAUUUCCCCGACGGUAUGCGUUUGAUCUCGCACAAGGUAGGCAAAAACGGAGCUUGCAAAGUCUGAUUCAAGUACAAAUAAGGUAUACAUUAGUGCAAAUUUACAAUCAAAUGUGGUUUUUUACAUGUUCAAUAGUUUUUUAAUUAAAGAACAACCUAUAUGUCUUA